CGGGAGUUGGGCGAUGGUGAGGUGGUGAGCACAGCAGAACGCCUCGUGCUUUCUGUUGUGGUGUGGCCGAUUGAGAAGAAGGAGAAGGAACGUGUUUAUCUAGUCGAGAAGGGAGGAGAGAAAAAGUCCCGGCGAUAUGUGGAUGUGUGGACGACGCAGGCUUGCGGCGUGUUGUCUUCGUUGUGGCGGCAGCCGCCGGAACUAGCCGCACCAACGUCGAUCAGCGAAAGCGACGACGCCGACCACAGUCAUACCGCUGUCGUCCAGCUCACGUCCGCUGAACGACCCUGCUUUCUGCGCUGUCACGUAAGGGUGCCAGUGUGCGACGGUUUCAAAGUGCCGCCGCUUGUCGAUCCGACAGGACAACGUCAGCGUUCACGUUCGCCGCUGCGUCAAAGUGAGUUCUCGUGUGUGUGACAGGUCUCGAGUGACGGGGAUACCAAAAAGCCUAUAGCCAAGCCGCACUACGUGAAGGGAUUGGUAUCAAAGAGAAAAUUGCUGAGCACGCCUGGGUGAAGUCAGCAGAAGCCGUGUACUAGGGGUUCCAGUUGUGUUGCUUGAGCAGUGCUGUACAAAGACCGUCAAUCCAGAAAGUUGCUGAUCCGAGUGACUCUGGCUGAACCCGCUUCAAAUCGCAACAGGAGACCUUUCGAGCGUAGCGUAAUAUAAGUGCUGAUACCAGCAUCGCUUCUUGUAACCGACGUACUGCGCUUACAGGCUCAGCAGAGGAGUCGGAAGGCAAGCCACUUUGCUUUCACGUUUCACAACUGCUGUUGCGUGUUGGACGUUGAUAGCAGCAAACUCGCCCCAAAAGGCGCACCGGAACUUACAAAAUCUCGACGGAGCCUGAUCCUACAAGACUCGCCGCUGUUACGAUGACCACUCUACAAGACACCGUCGUGCCGGAGACGGACGAGCCUUGCAAGGCCGAACUGCCCGUGGUGCACGAGGUGAACAACGUCGCCGAGAUGCACGGUGGUGUUGGGGGCGUCCGCGCCGACAAGUUUCCGACGUCUGGUGUCGGAGGCAAGCCGUCUCCGACGACGUUCGCCAACAUGCCGUCCGAAGACCCACGAGACAAGAAGUGUCGCGUGGCUCAACUCAAGUCCAGGAUCGCCGUGUUCAGGAGGACCCGGUCUCUGAAUGCCCCAAGUCCCGUGUACCAGUUCGGACCAUGUGGUCGCAUCCUCAAGAACUCAGCCAUGGUCAUGACCAUACAGGACCCCGCGGGCCAGCGGCUGACGUGGCACAAACCACCGCUGUCUGUGCUCGUCAUCAAGAAGACCAUGGACGCCAACGUCGUCAAGCCCUUCAACGAGCUCGUCCAGUGGCUCAUCUGGGUCAAGAACAUGGUUGUUUUCGUUGAGGACGCCAUCUUGGAAGACCCCUUCUUGAAGAACAACAAGGCUUUCCUCGACCUCAAGGACAAGCUCUGCACCUUCACAGAAGGUAGAGAUGAGCUCACAGACCGCAUCGACUUCAUCAUCUGUCUCGGUGGAGACGGCACGCUGCUCUACGCGUCCUCGCUGUUUCAGCAAAGUGUGCCACCCGUGAUGGCCUUCCACAUGGGCUCUCUGGGCUUCCUCACACCGUUUGACUUUGACAACUUCCAGGACAAGGUCAACAACGUGCUCGAAGGGCACGCGGCGCUCACCCUACGGAGCAGACUAAAAUGUAGCAUAUACCGCAGCGAGAGCGAUUCCAACGACAAUAAUCUUAACUGCAACUCAUCGUGCCUAGUUCUCAACGAGGUUGUCGUCGACAGAGGUCCUUCGCCCUACCUGUCCAACAUUGACCUCUACCUGGACGGCAAACUGAUAACCACUGUCCAGGGAGACGGUCUGAUUGUGUCCACUCCCACGGGUUCCACGGCGUACGCGGUGGCGGCGGGUGCAUCGAUGAUCCACCCCAGCGUGCCUGCCAUCAUGGUGACGCCCAUCUGCCCGCACUCCCUCUCGUUCCGCUCCAUCGUCGUGCCGGCCGGCGUGGAGCUCAAGAUAAUGGUUUCGCCCGAGGCCCGCAGUUCUGUGUGGGCCUCUUUCGACGGUCGCCUUCGUCAGGAGCUCCAACAUGGAGAAAGCCUCAAGGUGACCACGUCAAUUUACCCGGUGCCUUCGAUCUGCGACCAAGACCAGAUAUCCGACUGGUUCGACAGCCUCGCCGAGUGCCUGCACUGGAACAUGCGCAAGAAGCAGCGCCAGCUAACGGAAAGCUCCGACAUCGACAAGACGCCCGCGGAGCCCAAAUAAUCGACGACCCGUUUCUGUUGACGAUCACUGCGCGCUCCUUGUCUCUAUCUCGUUUUUAUUUUAUUUUAAGCGUUUCUUGUUGUCUUGUAGCGACCCUGUAUACAAAUGAAGAUUUAAUCGCGAUUG